CAUUUAUUUAAUCUCUGUUCGUCUCUUCAAAUAGGUUGUUUUCAUUAUCUUUUGAUAUUCUUGCUGCCUGAGCAGAUCAAUGUCUUUGUUGUCAUUUUCACAAUCUAUCCCUCGACGGCCAUUUCUUUACAUAUCGUCAUCAGUCCAAUAUCAAAUACCCCUUGGGACUUCGAGCAUUCUCCAAUUUCCAAUUUCUCUAUUUCCUUCAUAAUCUGAUCAACCUUCCUUUUAUGUUAUCAUUCCCAUCAUCAUCAUCAUCAUGAGUGGAGGAAGUUUCAUGUACGCUACUGCCGGGGCCGAAAUGCGCCCAGACCUGAAAUCCAUGCCGAACCCAGGCCCGGCACCAAAAGCAAAGCCAAGAAAAUCAGAAGACAGCGCUUCAGUAGACCUCACCAAGGUCGCUGAUCUGCAUGUACUCUCAGCAGAUGGGAAAUCCUUUUCGUUCAAAGAUCUCUAUCUCCGCUCCAGCCACGGCGCAGCAAGUCAUAGUCAGACGCACCGAACCCUGUUUAUUUUCGUUCGACACUUUUUCUGUGGAGUCUGCCAAGACUACCUCCAGAUGCUCAGCGCAUCGAUUAAACCAGAAGCGCUCAACAGCCCUCCUCUCAAAUAUCCAACGCAAAUCAUAGUCAUCGGAUGCGGCGAGCCAUCACUCAUACCAUGGUAUGCCGAAACCACGUCCUGUCCGUACCCCAUUUACGCCGACCCCAGCGGUCAGCUAUAUCAAGCGCUACAGAUGACCAAAACGUUAUCUCUGGGCGAGACAAAGCCAGCUUACUCUCCCGGUACUUUUGUCGGAACGACCCUGCGCAGCAUGAAGCAGAUGGUCAUGUCUGGACCAUCGAUUUUCAAGGGCGGAGACUUUAAGCAAGUCGGAGGCGAAUUACUGAUCGAAGUGGGAUCUGGAGCGGCAACACACACCGAUAUUGCUGAACCUUUACCCUACAAGGAAUAUGGAUCUUCAGAGGAAGAGAAGACCCAGACUCAAACCCCUCAUCCAGCGACGUCAGGACAAGACGAACAAGCCCAUGUCGUCUGGGUUCACAGAAUGCAGUCGACCCGUGACCAUACUGAAGUUCCAGAACUACGGAAAAUCAUUGGACUAGAUUAAUUACUUUUGAGCAUUUUGUUCUCUCCUGUUCUUCUUAAACCAUUCUAUUCUAUUCUGUUCAAUUUUCAAGAAUAGACAAUAUCCACAUCUUUUUUCUUCCAUUCUCUUUUCCCCCUUUUUUUUUUCAGUGAAUCCAAGACAUUGUGAUGCGAGACUUUUCCCCACUUCCUCACUUCCUCACUUUCUCACUUUCUCACUUUAUUCCCUGUUCCCUUUAACGUUAUGCCAGUUAAUUUUUGAACUCACCCACACGCACCCGUGCUCCCCAAUAAGUAGAAAAAUUUCAUUCGCAUCCACCAUUUCAGUCAGUGCAAGCUCACUUGAAGUCUGCAUUCGAAAAAAUAAAAUAAAAAAUAAAAUAAAAAAUAAAAACAUUUGUCGACCGACAUGGGACUCGAACCCACAACCUUGGCUUGAACUUAUAAGUUUCAAGGACUUUCCUUAGUAGGAGAGCCACGCGCUACCAUUGCGCCAAUCGG